AUGGAGUCAAUGAAGAUGAAGCUUAUGGUGGUGUUGAUGGUGGCUAUUGUGGCUUUCUCAGCCGUAGGAAAUGUGGCGGCUCAGACGGCAGAGUCUCCAGCUCCAAGUCCUACUUCUGAUGCUGCUGCUAUGUUUGUCCCAGCUUUGUUUGCAUCUGUUGCUGCUUUGGCAUCUGGAUUCACUUUACACUGGCUACGUCCAGACCAACUUAUCAUGCCAUCUAAGUAA